UUUUUCUUAUCGCAUAUGGGCGCGCGGCGCUUCGGGACAUGGACGUGGCUUGCGGUAAGGGCGUUUGACGGCAACCGACGGAUCCCGCCAAGACGCCCUAAAUCUCCCCUGUUUCUCGCCUGCGUGGGGGGUUGCAUCGCGAUCACCACCACCAAAUCAAGUCUUCCUUGUCUUCAUUCAAUACCUGUCCAUCUCAUCUCAACUCAUCCACCGUGUCUCACUCUCCAGCUUUUUCCCACUUCCCACUUUCACAUCCUGCUCCACCCCCGCAUCAUCUUGUCUUGUCUUGUCUUGUUCCCUCUCUCUCUCUUUCACAUCUCUCCGCAUCUUCAUCUGCCUUUUAUGCCAAUCACGAUUGCGACUCAACACACACUAGAAUCUCCAUCGGCCGUGACGCGCAUCCAUGCUCAUGUACCCAGAGCCCUAGACCAUUGCACUGUGGGGUCAACUUGCGGGUCUGUCUUCCGCCAACACUGUGCACAAGAAUGCAAGCAAUAUGCAAAUCUCGGUCUACUUACCAUUGUGCUGCUAUUAUGCAAAUUUUAUGUCUGUCUUCACGUCUCCAGAGAAAAGACAUUUCGAUUAGUAAAAAUACAUGAAUCCCUCCAACCAUCCCAUACAGGUGUACAUGAACUAUCAUCUCCGACUACAUCAAACUAUCCAAACUAUCGAUAUCGACGCUUGUGUGCAACAUUCAUCUAUGACGCUGGGGGCCCUUUAUCCAUCUCUGCACUUGUUAUGUGCAAAUCGCAAGAUGACGCCAGUACCUGCUCAAGUACCUAG